CGGAGAGAUAGGCGAUUCAAGACAGGCAAGGAGGUGACGUCGAAAGCCGGCCCCAAUCACACCGCAGCGCAGAGCUGUUUGGGCUUGCAGGAGCGAGGUACAGGAGGCCAUGCAGCAAUGGGGCGUGAAUUUGUGCAGAGGGCAGGCUGGCCGUCGUGCUCUGGGGCCUCAGCGAGUUAUCAAAGACUGUGGAAUCCGUUGUGCAUUGGCACUUUUUGCAUCAUGUGCUGUAUUACGAGGGAGGGGGGGGGGAUUAAAGCAGCAUCAGCACGGCCUGAUUGUGCUGAACAUGGGUCUACACGAGGCUGCAAAAGACAAGAUCAGGGAAACGAUAGAGGGCGAGCGACGGGGAGUGGAAAUCGAAAGAGGUUCCAUGACACGCUUAGUUCUUGGCGGACUUGCGGGACUUGGUCUUGGGGACCUUGGACUUGGUGGGCUUGGGAGCCUUGGUCUUGGUGCUGUGGGCAACCUUGGUGCUCUUGGAGGGAGCGCCAACGCCGUAGUAAGGAGUGCAGAGAAUGCGGUCGGCGCGCUGGGGGUUGGGGCGACAGACGGAGCCCUGGGGGCAGGACAGGGAAGUCAGCUUGCUGCCAAAGUGGAUGACAUAGUCGCCGCUGACACCAGCGUUAACACAGCCCUCAACGGGGGGGCUGCUGACGGCAGCGAGGGAGGCAGAGACGAAAGCGAGGAGAGCGACGGCCUUGGCGAUGAACAUGGCUGGAGAUGUGCAGACAGAGGGAUGUGCUGGAUGCGCUGGAGCUGUGCUGGAGAACUUGUCACGACGGAUGCAGAGCCAGACGUCCGAGGUCCGGCGCUUAUAUCCUGCGCCAGCACCAG